UGUGCCGGAUCCCUCUGCUGUGUCCGUCCUCCACUUUUGUCUCCUGAGAGCGUCUUGCGAUGGCCCCAAAGAAGAAGGAAGAGCCGAAACCCGCAGCAGCAGCACCGCCCAAACCCCCAGAGCCCGAGCGCCCUAAGACCCCGGAGUUUGACCCUUCAACAGUGACGCUGGAAUUCACCCCCGAGCAAAUUGAGGACUUCAAAGAUUCUUUCCAGCUGUUUGACAGGACACCAGCCAACGAGAUGAAAAUCACUUACGCCCAGUGUGGCGACCUGAUCCGGGCUUUGGGCCAGAAUCCUACCAACACAGAGAUCAUGCAUGUCCUUGGAAAGCCCAAACCUGAAGACAUGCAGACCAAGAUGCUUGACUUUGACCAGUUCCUUCCCAUGCACCAACACAUCUGCAGGGCCAAGGACCGUGGAACAUAUGAGGACUUUGUGGAGGGUCUGAGGGUAUUCGACAAGGAGGGGAACGGCACGGUUAUGGGAGCUGAGCUCAGGCAUGUUCUGGCAACACUGGGUGAGAAGAUGAGGGAAGACGAGGUGGAGCAGCUGAUGCAAAACCAGGAGGAUGCUAAUGGAUGCAUCAAUUAUGAAGGUUUUGUGAAGCACAUUUUGUCAUCUUAAAAGUGCAUAUUAAACUCAUUGUCAUUCUGGUGGUACUUCACUGUGAAUUAUGAAUUCAGUAUGAGUGACAAAUGAGUAUGUUUCUCCUUCACUAGGAAAACAAGAACCCCAGAUUUUUAUGUUUCUGUAAAUCCCAUCUUGUAUAUUUCCAUGCAUCUCAGAUGGAUGUAUGACUCACCAUUUCACCAUGUUUUUCCAAAGCCGCUCGUGUUAAUGCUGUGCACAUAUUGCACCUUACCCCUGUUCAUGUUAUAGAUCAUGGUUAAUAAAUUGUAAUUGUGA